UUUUGUUCUGGAGGGGACUUUUUUUUUCUCAGGGCGGGAGGGGUGGGAGGAGGAUUGCCCUCUGACCUCUGUUCAGGUUGACCAAGGGCCAUGGAGGAAUGAGCGCCCAAGAGCAUCUCUAAAGCCAUCUUUUUUUCACCUUUCUUUAUGUAACCUUUGCCUCUGAGCCCCGAGAGAGACGUUUACGCUGAUACAGAGGGAAGGUAGCCCACUUCAUCCACCGCCAACCCCUUAGCGCAGAGUGACGCCAAGCCCAGGUCAAGAUGGCUGCCCCUCCCUGACGGUUCGCAGCUCCCCAUUGGCCGCCCGGUGACCUCUAUAACUCCGCCGCUGCUACCCCACUACAGGCACGCUUCCCUCGUUCCUCGCUCUCCCCGUUGCCCACAAGCACCCGAGACGAAAGGGGUCGAAGGAAGGAGGACGACGUAGUGGGCGUCCGGCAUGGCGGCAGUGGGUUUCGAUGACUUCCCGGGCCCCUGCUCGGACCUGGCGCUGCCCCCGCUCUUCGGCGGCCACAUCCUGGAGAGCGAGCUGGACCAGGAGGUGGAGUUCACCGACUCCGGGCUCCACGAGGGCCGGGGCCGCGAAGAGGAGGACGUGCAGGACGACGAAGAGGAGGGCGACGAGGAGGAAGAGGAGGAGGAGGAGGAUGAGGAGGAUGAGGAACAGGCGCUGGGGAGGCGCAGGGAGGCGUACCGCCGCAAAUACCACGCCCUGAUGCGCCGCUGCAAGGAAAUUGAGUUGGUGAACGAGAUGCUACUUAACCGCUUAGAGUGUGUUGCAAAAAUAACUCAGAGACUGAAACAAGAACGAAGGUUCUUAAUGAAAUGCCUGGACUCUCAUGGGGACUGUUACAGGACGGCCCAGCUCACCAUCCUGCUCGAGGUGAGGGCCGUUAUCGGCAAACACGCCGUGUUCGUUAGACUGGAAUAAACCACCCCCCCACCACAACCAGCACC